AUGUCUCAGCCUCUGAAGACUUCUGUUGGGGUGCUGGAGACCUACAUGGUGAUCAACUGCAGGGAAGAAGAAACUUUACAAGAUACAAUGGACACCAACAAAGCAACAGAAAUCAGCAAUAACCAAGGAAAGCUAAAUCUUAAGGAAGAAUAUUGCCAAAGAACUGACCUUGAGAGUCUUUUGGAGAAAUUGGGGUUGGAACACAACUACAAAGAGAAGCUAUCAUUAAAGAAAAUACUUGAGAUCAAUGAGAAGACAGUUACUGAUGACCCUGUUAAGUGUAAAACAAAUGUUCCAUUGUAUUUUCUUAAAAAAUUAAUGAUGGUCAAUGUUACUGCUAGGAAUGUAAACAGUACCUUAUGUGACUCAACUGAUGCAAAUAUUGCUAAGGUAUUUAAUCCUCUUGAUAUAAUCACUGCUCUCUUUCUGUGUUCAGAUGGCUUUGUUCAACAAGAACUAGAACUAAAAAUGUCCAUGUGUCAGAUGUCGGUUCCCUUCCUUCUUCCCAACUGUGAUACAAAACAGUGCACUCUUAUGCUGUGGGCUAUGCGAGAAAUUGUGAAAAAGUACAGACCUCCAGAUCUUUUGGAAUCAAAGGGCUUUAUAGAAGAAAGAAUAGCUACUUCUAGAUUCCCACUAGUAUCAUUUGUGAGACUGGGUGAGUGUUCCUUGUCCAAAUCAGAGAUUCUCAAUAAACUUCUUACAAAUUCUCAGCAAUACCAUGACACCUUUGUUCACCGCAACAUGGAGUGUGGCGACAGUCCAAAACUAAUAUCCAGUGGACUGACUGAAAUUACAUGGUACCUUCCCUGUGGAAACCAAAACAUGGACAUCUUCAAUGAGCCAGUAGCUAUAGCUAAUCUGCGUGGUGACAUAGCUUCAUUUGAAACACAAUUCUCCUUUUUGUGUCAGACAUCUGCAGCAGUUUUUGUGUUCUUUGAUCAUUUGAAUGCUGAGUGCAAACUGCUGACUAACAAAAAACACAUGGCUCAGAUCUUCUUGGUGGGAAACCAACAAAGCCAGAGCCUUACCCCAGAUGCUCUUAAGACAAUAGCAGACAAAAUGAAGCUGACCAAAAAUAACAUAGUUAUAAAAACCAGACUGACAAAUGAUGCAGAUUUUGUCAAACGUUUGAGGAAAACUGUGAAUGGUGUACUUACCAAUCGAAAGUCAGUGAUGUCAGUAGAGGAGAUGGCUAACAUUGCACGUGAAUUUAAGAUUUUUGUUGAUGAAGAUUCUCCAGAAUGCAAGAGUGGGAAGACCAAUGCAGAUGCUAUCACUGCAGAGAUUAAAGAUACCUUUAAAUACAAAGAGAAACAGUUUCCUUUGCAAGGACAAAUAUGGAAGGAGCUGACUUUCUUGGAAAAAGAACUAUUUCGUCUUCGAAAAGUUGGUUCCAAGGACAUAGAGCAAUAUAAAGACGAACUUAAACUUAAAAAGGAAAAGCAGCGUGAGGAACAGAACCGCCAUGCUAUGUCAAAUGUAAUGACAUGCUUUAUUAAUGCAAUAUCCAGCCCAGAAAGAGAGAGGGGUUAUUUUCUGAAAUGGAUGAGAAUGAAUCUUGACAACUUGUCUCGCGUAAAACUUUCUGAUCUUAGGGCUCUUUACAAGGAAAAAUCCAAGGACUCUGAGAACAAAAAGGAAAUCAAAGAAAUUGACCAACAACUUUCCAAUAGCUCACUGGGAGUUGAACACUUCUUCCGUGAAAUGGGUCAGAUCUACGAAGCUUCUCUUUACCUUCCAGAAACCGAUCCAUCACGCCAACAACUGCAACAUCUGCCCAAACUCUGUGCUCAGUUGUUGCUGGAUGGAUUUCCUCUUGAGCUUGUAGAUGGAGAUGCUUCCAACAUACCUCUCAGAUGGGUGACUGAUGUUCUCUCUCAGCUCAAUGACUUGGUGUCUCCAAAGAACAAGAUAGUGGUCGUCACAGUUCUUGGAGUUCAGAGCACAGGAAAAUCCACCCUCCUGAACACCAUGUUUGGAGUGCAGUUUGCAGUCAGCAGUGGUCGAUGCACUAGAGGUGCCUUCAUGUUAUUCAUCAAAGUCAAUGAAGACUUCAAAAAAGUUCUAAAAUGUGACUUUAUGGUGAUCAUCGACACUGAAGGCUUAAAGUCUCCUGAACUUGCUCAACUGGAAAACAGCUAUGAACAUGACAAUGAGCUGGCAACACUUGUUGUUGGCCUGAGUGAUAUCACUAUUAUCAAUAUUGCAAUGGAGAAUUCAACAGAAAUGAAAGACAUCCUGCAGAUAGUGGUGCAUGCUUUCCUCAGGAUGAAGGAAGUCAAAGGAAGCAGAAAGCCUAAAUGUCAGUUUGUUCACCAGAACGUUUCUGAUGUUUCAGCUCAUGAGAAGAACCUACGAGACAGGAAGCUGCUCCUAGAACAGCUGAAUGAGAUGACCCAGGCAGCAGCUAAAAUGGAAAAGAAAGAGGAGAACAAGAGCUUCACUGAUGUUAUGGAGUAUAAUCCAGACACUGGGAACUGGUACAUUCCAGGACUCUGGAAUGGAAACCCACCAAUGGCACCAGUUAAUGUAGGAUACAGUGAGGCUGUCUAUGAGCUCAAGAAAAACAUCAUCCAACAGCUGGAGAAGUGUGGGUCAACUUCUAAUAACAUCUUGGAGUUCAGAGAGUGGAUAACCAGCCUUUGGAACGCAGUAAAACAUGAAAACUUCAUCUUCAGCUUCAGAAACAGUCUGGUAGCUGAUGCAUACAUGAGUCUCUGCACAGAGUACAACAAAUGGGAGUGGGAGUUCAAAAAAGAAAUGUACACCUGGGUUUCCAAAGCAGAAACUAGAAUUUCUAAUUUUGGUAACAUUGCUUCAAAUUCUGAAAUGACAGACCUAAAGGAUUUAAUCACUCUAUUAAAUAGUGAAGCCAAUACAAAGCUGUCUACUUUAGAGUCAAAACUGCUGGACAACCUGAAGACAUACUUUGACCAGCCAGAAGGUCAUGUUUACCUGGUUGAAGCAUACAGAGAGGACUUCUCAAAUAGCAUAAAGAGUCUUAGAGGACAAACUGAAAGAUCAGUGUCUAACCAGCUAACAGCAGCAGCUGAGAUCAAACAGGGAAAGCAAGAACUUGACAAAAUCAAGACCAAUUAUACAGACAAAAUCGAGACAGCAGAGGAGAAGCUCACCAUGAACACUUUGCUUCCCUGCAUCGACCAAACGGUUUGGGUCGAUAUAGAACCGGCAUCGGAAAAAGCAUCGCCCAGGAACAGGCAUCGAAGUGAAGGCACCGGCACCGACACUGAAAAUCCCCGAACAACACCCAGCCCCACCCCGAAGUGGAUCCAGUCCCGGGCCCCAGGGAUCCGAGGCCCCAGGGGUGCCCGACCCCCAGACAGGAGCUCCAAGCUUGAGCUCCACCAGUGCACCAAGGCGGUGCUUAAAGCACGGAUGACGAUUACCAACAGAGUCCUGAGGAAUCACAUAAACAACAACCCAAAACAUGCCCACCUCACUGGGAAGAUGGUGUGCGCUGGGACAGGAUCCCCUGCAUUGGGGGGGUUGGAGGCCCCGCUGAAUGUACGUCUGUUCCACUACAUCCACAAUCCAACGUGCAAGGCGCUGUUUAGAAAGGGCCUGCCCCUUGCGCGGCCCAGCGUAGCAAACAAACAGAUUAUCCAACUGACGGAGAGAAGCUGUAAGACUGACAUAUGCCUUCAGUGCCCGAAGAGGGCAGAGAAGCUCAUCAGGCCCAUCCGUAUCAAGGCGAGCAAGCUGGAGGGGCACAGUGUGGCUCGCGGAUGA